GAUGCGAAUGUCGCACAAGCAUGUUACAUGGCAAUUGCUGCUUUUAUCUUAUUGACGCAUACAUUUCUCUAUUGCGGUGCCGGAGAGCUUGUAACGGUGCAAUGUACAGCUCUAUAUCGUGCUAUGUGCGAUCUUGAAUGGUACAAAUUGGAAUCAAGAAAAGCAAGGAACCUUAUUUUAUUAUUGAUACGAACCAAUGAACCGUUUCACAUCACUGCAGGAAAAAUUGUUCCGUUAACAAUGACCACAUUUUGCAGUCUUUUAAAAACGUCGGCUGGCUAUAUAUCGUUUUUACUGGCAAAGGGAAGAUAAAAAUGAUGACGAUGUUAAUAUA